ACUUUUCUUUGUAAAAUCAAGAAUAAAGGCAGUGCUUUUAUUACUUCCCCCCCCCCCCCCCCCCCCCCGUAAACUUGAACUAUACAGUGUAAGUUUAUCUGCAUUGGAAGAUUCUGUAUGUACUUCUGCCAGUUCCCUAGCUUCAUACCUCUUACUGUUACACUCUGCAGCCCCUUCAGAAAAGGAAGACAGUUUGUGUGCCAGCUUUAUAGCAGCGGUUUUUGGAUUGAGAACAAUGGGUAGAAAAGAUGCCUCUACAGCAAGGACUCCUGUUGACCAGUACAGGAAACAAAUAGGAAAGCAAGAUUAUAAGAAAACCAGGCCUAUGUUAAGAGCUACAAGAUUAAAAGCAGAGGCCAAGAAAACUACACUAGGCGUAAAGGAAGUUGCCCUUGUCCUUGCAGCUAUACUGGUAUUUUUGUUGGCUUUCUAUGCGUUCUUUUAUCUUAACAUUUCCAGUGAAGUUGACCUUGAUCUGGAUCCAGAUGAAAACUAGCAGAUGCAAUGAAUCUAUCAUCAAGAUUUCUUCAACUUGAACAAGACUACGUAGGAACACACAGUCCCUUCACUGUGAGACAGUAAAUGAUGCCAUUUCUUGCAGUCCAAAUUCAUAAGAAAGUUUUGCAAUACAUCAGUCACUUUUACAUUCCAGAUCUCCAAAAUAAGAGAAAACUCAUGCCUGGCAAGUGUAUUUGGUUAACACCAAAGCCAGGAGCAACAGUACAAUACAUGAAGUUUAUUGUUUACAUUAUUUUUUUCUCAGGCAGAGAACUUUGAUGUCAAAAGACAGGUGCUAUUAUUAUCAUGAGUAUUGAUGCUGACUUCACAGGAGGAGAGUCUGCCUUGACUAAAUUUAGGAAUCAAAGCUUCCUAAUAGCCAAAUUAGGUUCCUUUUCCUUUCCCAAAAGAAAGCAGAAAUACCAAACAAAAAGUCUUUUCUUGAUUCAUAUUUAAAAUAUAUCAAAACUCCCUCAUCCUUUCUCUCCCUUUUAAUCUUUCUUGUGCAUGUGUGCACACACGCGCGCAUGAAGAUGGAAGAAAUUGUAGGAAAAAAAUAUCUUUUUAGAGGCAGUCUGUCACCUCCUAUAUGGACUUAAUUUUAUGUCAUCCCAGAUUCUGUGUGCCCAUAUAUCUGCAGUAAUCUUUUUCAUUCUUUUGCCAACUGUUCAGCACACAUGUGUUCUGUCAGAAAUGGCACCUGGAUGACAGAAGCUCUAACAUUCGCAUAUGCCUCUGAAACACAGUUCUUUGCCUCCUGUGCUGUCUGAACUAGUGUAAAUAGAAAGUUCAGUCGAUGUUGGUUUUAAUUAGUGUAUUGCUCUAUUAUUAAUAUAAAGUCAAAAUCAUAUUUUAAUUAUACUCUUCUUGCUGGCUGUGGUAUCAACUUGCUCUACCUGUCAGGGGGAUAUUGUAAAAAAAAAUGCUCUCCAGUUAUACAAUCAUUUUAAUCAUCAAACUAAUGUGAGAAUUUGUAAGUAUUAAGAAACCUUUUUUUUCAUGCGUACUAAUAAUUGGGAAAAUCUUGGCUCUGUGACAUUCUUCAGUUCUUGCAAAGCACCUUUCAGAAUAUGCACUGUAGAUAACAUUUCUGAUCCCUUUGAUAACCACAAGCUACUUGAAGAAGCUGGUAUGUCAAAGCAGCUGCAGGGAGCUGUAAAAUUCUGGCUUUAUCCUGUUCUGCUUCAACUUUGGCUUGUAACUGAGCUUGUGGUUGUAAAGUUUCGGUUUUGAUCCUUUUAAAAAUGUGGUCAGUCUUCCUCUAGUUCGGGUUCACUUUGAUACCAAGAAAAGCAUAGAGCCAUUGAUACUGAAUGUGGCAAGGAAGUUAAGCAGAUUGACUUCCAAAAAAGAAUUAUCAUAAUUCUGGAAUUGUAUUAGCAAACUAUCUUGGGUUUAUCUUUUAUAUCAAUUUCAGGGCUGAAUGUUAGGUUUAGUUGCAAUGGAGAUAUUUACUGACUUGUUCCAGAAAUGCCUCACUAAGGUUUCUUAUAGUGAUUUUGAAGACAAAAGGAUACAAAUCAUAGCAAAUAUUAUAAUGAAAAAUAUAUUUAUUUUAAAUUGACACAGUCCUAUUAUCACCACUUAAGGAACUUAGAUCAAUAUAGUUAAUUUUUAAACCAUAUGGUAACUAUGACCAUAUACAUUAUGAGUCUCUAAGGAUCCAGUUCUUAUCUGUCAUACUACUCAUUCACUUUAUGCAAUGCAAAACAACUCCUCUAGAAAUUCAGAGUACAAGUCUUCCGAGAAGAUAUGAAAGAGAAGCAUAAACAUAUAUGUGCAGAUAUUUCUCAUUUUCUAAUUAUGACUGUUACAGACACAACCUUAACUUUUAUGCAUUCAUAUGACUUACAGUCUACUAAUACUUGCACACAUGACCAAACGCUUAGCAACAUGUUGCAUUUAUGGUGAAGCAUUAUCUGACACAUGGCCCGACUUUCAGUGGAGGGAAAAAGCAUAUCACAAGCUGUCUCCUUGGAUGUGACAUGCCUUUCACUUCACUGGUGCCACACCACAUGUCACAGAAGCUGCAGACCUCUCCUGUUACUUUGCAUGAGAAAUUUUCUUCUUCUGUAAAAUGCUGGAAGGAUUGCUUUCUUAAUGUCUGCACGUAGGUCUCUGGGUGAUGUGUGUUCUGAGAAUGAUGUGUAGUUAUCCCCUUCACACAGGUUGUCUUGUAACUUGCUUUCUGAAUCAGUUACAUAAAAAAGCAAGCUAUUCUUCCUAUCAAAUUUAUGAAAUUCCUAGAAUAGAAAGAUUGCAUUUCCCAUAAUUAUGGCUCAUAGACAAAAUCUGAAACGCAUAUAUGUGUGAUUGAAGCAGCUUCCCUGAUUUGUGGCUUAUCAGUCCAUACCGCCCGUAAGUGCCAUAGUUCGCAGUUUGUCUGUUGGCUUCAUUUAGGUUAGGCCUUUUCAUUCACAUGAAAGAUGAUAUUCUCAUGUAACAAGAAAAUACCCUUUUGUUUAGAUAAACUGGAUAGACCUCUGUUCAGUGUACGCAGAAAUACAUGGCAAAUAUUGCAGUAAAUACACUUUUUCUCUUAUCAGUACAAUAAUUUCCAAUGGGACUAUGUCAGUAGUUUCUUACAGCUAAAGACUCCCAUUUAUCAUCAAAUUAUUCAUCCUUGGUUUUCUAAAAGACACAAGCACAACGUAUUAGCGAUGAGGUCUGAUUCUGAUCUUACUAAUUUAUGAUUCCCCUGAGUUCACUGAUACUACAACUGAUUUACUCCAAGGGAAAAUCAGAAUCUGACCUGAAGUUAUUUCUGCUUUCUGGAGCGCUACAUUGUCCAUGACUGAUAUUUUAAAGUAGAGACCAAUUUUAAUCUUGCAAACAUGUGGCUUAUCUUGCCCUUAAUUAUAUCUGAGAUCGAAUGCCUCUUGGUUUUUGGACCACCUAUCUUUGUAUGAGUUGCUCAGUGUCUAUUUUAAUAAUAAAUGUAUUUUUACUAUUUUUGUGCUCUUAUUAAUGUUGGAUGUGUCACACUGAAUUAUAUAUAUAUACGUUUGAAAGGACAUUAAAGCAAUCCAGCACAACGUUCAAAUGUGAGCAGUGAUACUCACCAGUUUUAGAAUAUCUGUAUUAUUCUAGGCAUUCCUAGCCCCUAAGCUCCUAUUAAAACUAAGUGUAGCCUAUGAAUACUUAAAAGAUGAUAAAGAGAACUUCCCUUGGCGUUCUACUCAAUACCAAUAGAGCACAUCUCUUUCUGUGGACAACAUUUUUCCGUGUAGCUCCAUGAACUUCAGAUUGACUUUAUUGUAGAAGUAAUACUUUUAUACACUUGUUUCAAAGAAAGAUUGCUGAUCAAACCAUUUACACAGCAGCACUAGCUUAAUGCAGCAGUUUUUGUCAAGGAUAUUCACCUCUGGGGAAAGGGUAGAUGUCAGUAUUGUUGCCCUCUGCUUGUGGAGUAAACUGAAUUUCUUUCCAGCAGAGGUUGUGGAGGAGAUGCCUGUACUGAGUCCUCACGCUGUGGGUGGGAGUAGGUGUCCCAUCUGGAAGACUCUCUGGCUAGGAAGGCACAACAGCCUUCCAGUAGUGAUUUUGCUCAGUAAAUCUUUCCUCUGCAGUUUUCCUUUUCCCUUUGAUCCUACAGAAGCAGAAUCAGCAUGUAGACCGUCUCAGGACAGAAGCCUCAAUAUAGUAGUUUUACUAGUGCUGCUGGUGAACAUUGCCAAGGAAGGGCUUUCAGUCUAUUUCCUAGAGUCCAUAAAUAUAUUUUACUGGAAGCUUAGGAGGCAUGUUAAGCAUUUCCCUAAUGGACCUUAGGCAUAUAUUUAAACUUUUCUUGAAGAACGCUUUAUUUAAAGUUCACUGUUGCGUAUCAUAUAGACAUCAUGUGAUUCAGGAUCUGUCAUAGCUCCUUCUGUGCGUCAGACCAGCUGUAGCAGGGACGACACGUAGACUGUGAGAUUAUGCUGCAUCACAUAACUGCGAACAUACGCAACAUGAGCAAACUCAUCUGUUUAGGUGUCAUCUAGAGUAGUUGACCUAACAAGUUGUGUUUGAAAACAAACGCUUUUUAAACAACCCUACUAAAUGAAGGCACAGUGAAAGGCCCACAAAACCGCUCAUCCCAUUUCCGUGAAAAUUGCUACCAUGAAGAGGCUUAUCUGCUGCCUUGGGGCCAAGUUUUGAAUGCUGCCCUUUCAGGAAGGAAAAUGUUGCUAGCAGCUCCCAGUAGAGUAAUGAUUCAUUUUGCUUUGGUACAGGAUUGUGCCUAUAAGGCACAACUGAGCCAGUUGGUAAAGGUCACAUGCAUUCAGGACGGUUCUCCAUAAAGGACUGUACUUGAAAUGCAGACUAGGCAAGUUAGAGUGCCAACAAACAGAACACUACAGAUCUUGAUCGCAUUUCAAGUUUUACUUACAGUAGCAUAAUAAUUAGUGGUGCUUAUGACUAAGAAAAUAACAAUAUGGCACAUCAAUAAGACAGCAGAAAUGUGAUGUUGGAACUGCUUCUUAAAAGAUUUUGUAGUGGAUUAUGCCUGCACUUUGGGAAAUGAAUCCAUGAGAUGAAUAAACUGGCAAAGAUUGUCUGUGAUCUUAUGCUUACAAUAUUUUUCCCUGAAAGAGCGGAUGGAGAUAUUUUGCAACACUUUCCCCCUCAUCCUCUUAGUUUGCUGUAAUACAUUCUUUUGUAGAUGUAUUUCUACACUUUUCCAAGAGUGGAAAAAAUUUUUCUGUAGUUCAUCAAUGCAUUUAAUUGACAGAAUCCUCUACUUUUCCUUUUAUCCCCCUUAAUCACAACCAAAUUGGUGGAGAGACAGCCAAAAUGUUAGGUACUAGUGUCUCUCAAGCAGAUGUCACACCACUAUUUUUUAGCUCGUUUAAAUGAAUAAACAUGUUAAACUGUGAAGUAUUACAUUUUAGAUUUUUUCAUUAAAAAAAAAUGGGACAAUCUGUUUACUGUCCUUAAUUGAGACAACAAUCCUGGUGGUUGCCAGUUUUGGCAGUUGUAAUGAUGAACUAUAAAUAUUGGGACAAAUCAACUAACUGGUGAUUGUGAAGGAUAGUUCAAGUGGAAGCCUCAUUCUGCAUGAAUACUUUUUUUCAGUGCUAUAUUUUUUCUAACUUCUAUAAUUGUUAUACUGGUUUUGCAUGUUAAAACCACAAAUAAAUACAUGACUAGUCAAACAGUAGGCUUGAUUCUGUUGUCUUAUUCUGAAUCACUAAAGAAAAUGAUAAAAGCUGACAGCCCUGCAGCAGAGUUCAUGCCUUGCCCAAAUUCUCCCUAAAAGGUGCUUGUUCAGGUCAGUUAUAAAUGUAAGCUAUGAAGAGCUUCAUUUUGCUGAACCUUGGAAAAACUGAGCAGCACGUAGAUCUUUGGGAGUUUGCCAUUUCACAAAGAGAUUGUAGGAAUUUUAAAGAGUGAAGCCACAGAAGGUGAGUAUGGUGUUUGGUGACAAACUGAUGUCAUUCUCCUAUUGCCGUUCCUCUGGGAAUGAGAGUGGAAGAAAAUCAAAGUGAAAUGGCCAGUUCUACCAGGAGACAACCACCUCACAACUCACCUUGUUGCUCAAAAAGAAGAGAAUAGAAGCAAAGCUAAUUCUGUUAUCAAAUCAGAGUUUUCUCAACUUCUUAUUUUUCACAGGGCAAAAUAAGGUCCAGGAGGACAUAAAGAUGUCUGAAACAAAGCAGCUUCUUACUGGAUCAAAGGUUCAUUUAUUUAAGUAAUGGUGUUUGAGGGAUUUACACAAAGCAUGAGUCAGGCUAAUUGCCGCUGCCUUCGUGUAUAAAAAAGAGUCACAUUGUGCCAAGCUAGAGUAGCUUUGUGUGUCUGUUAUUGAGCUAAUUGUAAAUGUACUGAUACUGGCAAUGUCCCUGUUUCUCUAGAGACACCUUUGUCUCCUGUGAUACUAUCAGCAGAGAGGAGGGACAGGGAAAGGACUGGCAGGGGAGCCCUUUUGCUGAUUCUGCACUCCUAAAGUAUCGCCCCUGCUCAGCAGGGAGCUGCUGGUGUUUGGAGUAGAACUGCGGUCCUGGAUUGCUUUGGACAGGCUACAAAAGAGAACAGAGCAGAGCUUAACCUAGAGGGCGAGUCUCCUACCAUCACUGGUGCCUGAUCUGUUACCACAAAUAAAUAGAAGCUGAGAUGUUCAGGCUCUUUACUUUUAUUUAUUAGGUUCUCAGGGAGGUGCCAGAAAAAUUGUCUUUUGUUGUCCUUUUGAAACUUUUGGUAGGAAAGCUUAUCCUUUUCCAAGGAGGGGCUGAGAAGCGACCUGCCAUCUCCCCUGCUCUCGCCUGGCUGAAGCUGAAGAGGCCUCAAGUAGCUAUUGCUGUGUACUAUAGUAAGACUUGCUCUGGUUUGGGAAGGACAACAAAUUCUGAAUUCAGGGCAGCUUUAUGCAGCCUUUCCUACCUGAGGAGCCUUCAGGGCAGUGGGCAUGUUGAAAGUCAGGUUUUUGAUGGCUUCCCUUUUGAUGGCUUCAGCUUCUUCUCAUUUAAAAGAUGAGCUAAGGUGCUAUGAUUGUCUAGUUAAAGCACAGCUGUUUUAACAACAGUGUCAUGGGUUCUCCCUGCCCUAAUGAGCUUGUGACUGUUCCUUCUUAAAAGACAGACAAUCAUAUUUGUGUUUAUCUGUUCAUUAAUUGUAGCCAUUCUCAAGCUGGUCUUCCCAGGCAGUACUUUACCUUUAUGCCACUGUGUCUCUGCUGCUCCAGUAAUAAUGGGAUGUGCUGAACAAAGAGAAGAGUAGAGUGGCUUCUUCAGAUCAUUACCAAAGCCACAAAUUCAUUUAAAGUUAGACAAUAUAUGUUGGGGGAAUUUUCCCAGUGCAUUAUAUAGAUUUUUGACACCUGCUCAGUUCUUGUGAAUGCCAUUUUACAGUCCUUGCCCUUAUACAUGAAAGCAUGUGAGUUCACGUUAAAAUAAGCAAGUUACAAACAUGAUUGUGUUAUUCAUGAGAAUAUGUCAGGUUUUCUUUUUCUCAUUAAAUCAUUCAUCAGCUGUUUUUAAUUAAUAGAAAAGUGGCUUUGUUUGUGGGUGAUACACUUUGGUCAAAUGUAGCUUCUCAUCUGAAAUGUUACAGAAUGAUAAUUACCUCCCUUUGGUUAAGGGUUGCCUCAAAAUAGGAAUUACCUGUAAUAUGUAUGACUAUUUCUCAAGACUGUGAUGCUGAAAUUCGGUAAAUUCUCCACAGAAAUAUCAGCUCUAUGACUCUAACAAGAGCAAUGGUUUUGAAAUUUUUCCUUGUCAACAAGUUUUACCUUUUGUAUUAGGAAAUUUUCAAGCUGAUAUCAUGAUGGAGUGGGUAAUGCCUGAAGGACAGCUGAAAAGAACAAAAUAAGUGCUUCAGAGACUCUUCACGUGCAUUAUUCAACCCCUCGUAUACACACUGCUGUGACUGGACUAUGUCAGUGUUACGGGGUGAUGGAGAAACAACACAUGAGACAAUCUAAUUUGCUUGUGAUUGUUGCACCCUCAAACUCACAGGGGCAAGUGUUUCUGCUACAGUAUGUUAUGCUUAUACACAGAAGAGAUGUAUCUUAUGAAAUAAAUUUCUAUGUAGAGAAGUUGUUAACUUUAUUUUGUACAUCUUCAUGUACAAUAUACGGAUAGAAGAAAGAACAAAAUGCUCCCUGUGAGCAAGGGCAUUUGGAAACAAGAAUCAUUCCUGCAGCACAGGAGUUGUGCAUAGUCAUAAAACAUGUUAAGUUUAAAAGAUAAUACAAAUACAGAAGGAAAGUUUUCAUUACACUGAUGAUUUAUAAAGGAUAAAAGCAAGCCUCACUCCUGUCAUAUAUUCAUCGUUCCUUACAGUACAGAUCUCUAGAGUAGUUUCCACAAAGCUGUUAUUCCCCCUCUUCCACCACUAGUGUGGGGAUCAUCAUUGCCAGCUCAGAAUGAAAAAUGAUCUUGUAUUUCCCAUAACUUAAGAAAAUUAAAGUAUCCUUGUUAAGCAUUGAGUUAUUCAGUAGCUUUGAAAGGGCCUGCCAGAGGGUAUGUAUAAUAAAGUAUAAUGCAAAGUGAUGUAGAAAAACAGAAAAAAAUAUAACUGACUUUCAGCCAAUCAGCUAACUAUGGAGCUGGCCUGUGGGUCUUCAGCAUUUCCUUGCUGAUUCCUUGCAAAGCCUUGAGGAACAGAUCUGUCAUAUCCACUCAUCAACAUUAGUUACCAUCUUAGUUUUCACGUCUGUUGUAAAGAAUUAAAACUUCAGGGUCAUUGGUCUGGAGAAGGCUGGUUUUGAUCUUUGCACCUAGAUCAUGGCUUCCAGCUUGCUCCGAUCAAGGCUCUUUGGCAGAUUCCUUCCAGACAGCCGUGAGCAUUUUGAAAAGAGACUGCAUACUUUUCUAUCAGGUUAGCAAUGAGAUAAGAUGAAGACACUGAAAAAGUGACUCAUCCACCCUUGGAGAGAGAAGUAUUUGCUGAGGUUGUCUGGCAGUGGGGUACCAGAUAUGUCAAGCUCCGUAUGAAGGGAGGAGUGAGCCCGGGCAGACAGAUUCUCAGGAUGUCAGCAGGGACUAGAUGCAGAUGUACUGCCAGAUGCUUCUUCUUAUGCACUCCCUUCUCCAAUGGCACAAACCCAAGAAAACUUAUGAGAGGACCCCAGUGCAGUCUUGCUCUUCAGGAGUAAGAGUCGAGAUCAUGAGAAGUAUCUCUCAUGCUGAAAAGUUGGUCAAUUCAUUAACAACUCAGGAUUAUAGGAACUGCAAGUGCUAAAAUAAAGCUUCCUUAACCUAACAGCAGAGGUUCAUUUGUAAAUGUACCUUCACGGAAGUCUAGGCACACUAUGGAUAACCAAAGUUUAAUACUUGUAAUGGGGAAAUCUGUGCAUCUGACUGAGAGAAAAAAAAAUAAAAAAAAAACAAAACAAAAAAAACAUUUAAAUGAGAAAUACAUUUAUUCUAUUCCAGUGGAACUACAGAGGCCCUAGCUCUGAUGGGGUCUGAGGAAGGAGUCAUGUACACUAAUGAUGUCUGCUUCCUUUCAUCAUGUGCUAGUAACAGGGUAGCACUUCUUUCUACCCAGCCAACAGGAAUACUUCAAUUAAGUAAAACAGGAUUACAAAGCACCAGGGCACCAGGCUACCUAACUACCUCAGUUUAGAGAGGUGGAGAAAUAAAGCUCGCAGUUCAUUAAAUUAUAAUGUAAAUAGAUACCCCACUAUUACGUGCUUCACAGCCAAAUACCGAAAACAGAUCCACCAGCAACAUGUUCACGCACUGUCAAGUUCUGUGUCUCAGAAACCUUGAGGAAUACAGAGACUGUCACAUGUGUGAGAGAUUUUGUGUUAUGUUGCUCCUCUCAGGUGUUCCUUGACCUUAGCAUAGGUUGGAGUUGGUAGGCUAAUGCGGAGGAAGAUGGAUAUUCUGUAAAACCUCUACUAUAUGCCAGUUUUAAUCAUUUAGAAGCAGACAUCACAGCCGUCCUUGGAGGUGGAACUGGAAUAAAGUACUCUGGGAAAGACAAUGUUGUUUUUUGGAAAGAACAGUGGAAAAAACUUUGGGCAGUCAAUGUCCCAGCGGAGAAAUAAUCAGGGAUGUGGAAGGCUGAAUAGCUGGUCCUGAAAUGAGGACAGCAACCACAACAGAGCAGCCCCUUCCUCCAAAGCCUCAAAUCCAGAGCAGUGCCGUGGCCCAAGGGAGCAGCGCUGCCUCUUCACCCGAAGCCUAAGCCUUUGGCCAGCUCGCUCUGCCUAGGAGCUUGGGAAGAACAAACCUUGUAUGACCCUUCAACAGCAAUUACACAAGAUGUGUCUUCAAGAAUGAAAAUUUGCUCAUAGGAGAAAAGAGCUUGUAAAUCUCUGUGUAAUACUAUCACCCACCAACACCCACUAUUUGUGAAUUAUAUCACUGGCUUUCAUCCCUCUGAAAAAUAAAGUUGAUUUGACUAACACUGUAA